UGCCGCCCGCAGCCCGCAGCCCGCAGCCCGCAGCCCGCAGCCCGCGCCCGGCCGGAGCCUGGGGCCGGGACGCGUGUGGGGGCCGCGGCGGGGAGGGGCGCGGGGGGCGAGGGCGCCGCGAAGGCGGGGCAGGCGGACGCGCGUGCGGGCGGCGGAGGGCCGGGCCGGGCUGGGCGGACGCCGGGUGCGCGCGGCUCCGGGGCGGGAGGCCAGGCGGGGAGCUCGGGCAUGGGGGCCGCCCUGCGGGGGGGUCGGGGCCGCCGGCGCCGGCGCCGCGGCGGCGACUGAAGCCGGGAAGAGCAGGGGGGGCGGGGGAGCGGUCGCCGCCGCCCCCCGGAGCCGCCGGAGCCCCGCCGCCCGCUCGGAGCCGCCAGCCGCCGCCAGCUCACAGGCCACACUGAAAACAGACCCUGUGAAGUCCGGGUGACUGCACUGGACCUGGCUGGGAGAGCCCACUUCCUGCUUCCCAGGCCUCAGCUGUGGGGACUUGAGGUGAAGCAGAGAUAUUUCUGUAUCCAGCUGCCCAGGCAGAGGAGAAUGGGGUCUCCACAGCCUAAAGAAUGAAGACACGACAGAAUAAAGACUCAAUGUCAAUGAGGAGUGGACGGAAGAAAGAGGCCCCUGGGCCCCGGGAAGAACUGAGAUCGAGGGGCCGGGCCUCCCCUGGAGGGGUCAGCACAUCCAGCAGUGAUGGCAAAGCUGAGAAGUCUAGGCAGACGGCCAAGAAGGCCCGAGUAGAGGAAGCCUCCACCCCGAAGGUCAGCAAGCAGGGCCGAAGUGAGGAGAUCUCAGAGAGUGAAAGCGAGGAGACCAAUGCACCAAAAAAGACCAAAACUGAGCAGGAGCUCCCAAGGCCACAAUCACCCUCCGACCUGGACAGCUUAGAUGGACGAAGCCUCAAUGAUGAUGGCAGCAGCGACCCUAGGGACAUUGACCAGGACAACCGCAGUACAUCCCCCAGCAUCUACAGCCCUGGAAGCGUGGAGAAUGACUCUGACUCGUCCUCUGGGCUAUCUCAGGGCCCUGCCCGCCCCUACCACCCACCUCCUCUCUUCCCCCCCUCCCCACCACCACCAGACAACACUAACCGCCAACCAGAGCCGGGGUUUGAGCCCCACCCUUCUGUGACCACCACUGGAUAUCAUGCUCCCAUGGAUCCCCCCCCAUCUCGAAUGUUCCAGGUUCCUCCUGGAGCCCCUCCCACUCACCCGCAGCUGUACCCUGGGGGUGCUGGUGGUGGUGGGGUUUUGUCUGGACCCCCCAUGGGCCCCAAGGGGGGAGCGGCAGCCUCUUCAGUGGGGGCCCCUGGUGGGGGUAAGCAGCACCCCCCGCCUACCACCCCCAUCUCAAUAUCAAGCUCUGGGGCUGGCAGUGCUCCCCCAUCAAAGCCAUCCAACGCUCCAGUGGGUGGUGGGAACCUCUCCUCCGCACCCCCAACGGCCAACUUUCCCCACGUGACCCCAAACCUGCCGCCCCCGCCAGCUCUGAGACCCCUGAACAAUGCCUCAGCCUCGCCCCCUGGCCUGGGGGCUCAGCCCCUCCCUGGGCAUAUGCCCUCACCCCACGCCAUGGGGCAGGGUAUGGGCGGACUCCCUCCGGGCCCGGAGAAAGGCCCCACUCUUGCUCCUUCACCCCACCCCCUGCCCCCGGCUUCCUCCUCUGCCCCUGCGCCGAUGCGCUACCCUUACUCUUCCUCCAGCACGAGCUCGGCCGCAGCCUCCUCCUCCAGCUCCGCCCCCGCCCCCCAGUACCCCGCUUCCCAGGCCCUGCCCAGCUACCCGCACUCCUUCCCUCCCCCCGCCGGCCUCUCCGUCUCCAACCAGCCGCCCAAGUACACGCAGCCUUCUCUGCCCUCCCAGGCCGUGUGGAGCCAGGGCCCCCCGCCGCCCCCCUAUGGCCGGCUCUUAGGCAGCAACAACGCCCACCCGGGCCCCUACCCUCCUUCCACGGGGGGCCAGUCGGCGGCGCACCCCCCUGGCCAGGCUCACCACCACCACCAGCAGCAGCAGCAGCAGCAGCACCAUGGCAGCUCGGGGCCGCCCCCCGCGGCCUACCCGCACCCCAUGGAGGGCAGUGGCUCCCACCACGCGCACCCCUACGCCAUGUCGCCCUCCCUGGGCUCCCUGAGGCCCUACCAGCCGGGGCCGGGGCCGGCGCACCUGCCUCCACCUCACAGCCAGGUGUCCUACAGCCAGGCCGGGCCCAGCGGACCCCCAGCCACCGCUUCGGCCACCGCAGGCGCCACCUCCCAGGGCUCCUACCCGUGUGCGCACCCCUCCCCUAGCCAGGGCCCCCAAGGGGCGCCCUACCCCUUCCCAGCGGCGCCCCCGGUCACCACCUCCUCGGCCACCCUCUCCACGGUGAUCGCCACGGUGGCCUCCUCGCCCGCGGGCUACAAGACAGCCUCCCCCCCGGGGGCCCCCCAGUACGGGAAGAGAGCCCCGUCCCCGGGCUACAAGACAGCCACCCCGCCGGGGUACAAGCCGGGGUCACCGCCCUCCUUCCGCACCGGGACCCCGCCGGGCUACCGAGGCGCCUCGCCGCCAGCGGGCCCGGGGACUUUCAAGCCGGGCUCGCCCACCGUGGGGCCGGGGCCGCUGCCGCCCGCGGGGCCCCCCCUGCCGCCGCCUGCGGCCCCCGCGGCCGCGCCGCCCCUCAACGCCUCGCAGAUCAAACAGGAGCCGGCCGAGGAGUACGAGGCCCCCGAGAGCCCGGCGCCCCCCGCACGCAGCCCGUCGCCGCCGCCCAAGGUGGUGGACGUGCCGAGCCACGCCAGCCAGUCGGCCAGGUUCAACAAACACCUGGACCGCGGUUUCAACUCGUGCGCGCGCAGCGACCUGUACUUCGUGCCGCUAGAGGGCUCCAAGCUGGCCAAGAAGCGGGCCGACCUGGUGGAGAAGGUGCGGCGCGAGGCCGAACAGCGCGCGCGCGAGGAGAAGGAACGCGAGCGCGAGCGGGAACGCGAGAAGGAGCGCGAGCGCGAGAAGGAGCGCGAGCUGGAACGCAGCGUGAAGUUGGCUCAGGAGGGCCGUGCCCCCGUGGAAUGUCCAUCUCUCGGCCCAGUGCCCCAUCGGCCUCCAUUUGAGCCGGGCAGCGCGGUGGCCACGGUGCCGCCCUACCUGGGCCCCGACACCCCGGCCCUGCGCACGCUCAGCGAGUACGCGCGGCCCCACGUCAUGUCUCCGGGCAACCGCAACCAUCCCUUCUACGUGCCCCUGGGGGCAGUGGACCCGGGGCUCCUGGGCUACAACGUGCCGGCCCUGUACAGCAGUGACCCUGCAGCCCGCGAGAGGGAGCGGGAGGCCCGCGAGCGAGAUCUCCGAGACCGCCUCAAGCCUGGCUUCGAGGUGAAGCCCAGUGAGCUGGAGCCCCUCCACGGGGUCCCGGGGCCAGGCCUGGAUCCCUUCCCUCGGCACGGGGGCUUGGCGCUGCAGCCCGGCCCGCCCGGCCUGCACCCCUUCCCCUUUCAUCCGAGCCUGGGGCCCCUGGAGAGAGAGCGGCUGGCGCUGGCUGCCGGGCCUGCCCUGCGGCCUGACAUGUCUUACGCUGAGCGCCUGGCUGCCGAGAGACAGCACGCCGAAAGGGUGGCGGCCCUAGGCAAUGACCCACUGGCUCGGCUGCAGAUGCUCAACGUGACCCCCCAUCACCACCAGCACUCCCACAUCCACUCUCACCUGCACCUCCACCAGCAGGAUGCCAUCCACGCAGCCUCUGCCUCGGUGCACCCUCUCAUUGACCCCCUGGCCUCAGGGUCUCACCUUACCCGGAUCCCCUACCCAGCUGGGACCCUCCCCAACCCCCUUCUUCCUCACCCUCUGCACGAGAAUGAAGUUCUUCGUCACCAGCUCUUUGCCACUCCUUACCGGGACCUGCCGGCCUCCCUCUCUGCCCCAAUGUCUGCUGCCCACCAGCUGCAGGCCAUGCACGCGCAGUCGGCUGAGCUGCAGCGCCUGGCGCUGGAGCAGCAGCAGUGGCUGCACGCCCACCACCCUCUGCACAGCGUGCCGCUGCCUGCCCAGGAGGACUACUAUAGGAGAGGGGCCCGCCUCACCUCUGCUCUGCACCUCCUCCCCAGUCACCUGAAAAAGGAGAGCGACAAGCCGCUGUAGAACCCUCAGUCCACAGCACCCAAGGCCCCUGCAUCUGGACCCAGGAGGCCUCCCUCGCGCCCUGCCACCCAGAGCCACGGAGGGCUGCUCAGUCGCCCGCAGCCUCAGCAGCCAGGCACAGGGAGGGCACAAGAACCCGCUGGAAGGCCCAGGCCCCUGUGGCCCGCACAGAUGGGGAGUGGCAGGGGCUGAAACGCACAGAAUCUUGGACCAGGUCCCUCUUCUUGCCCCCCUGCUUCCUCCCUCCCUCGUGCCCAGCCUCCCUGGUGGCCAUCACCCGCCCGCCCCCACCCCUUUGGUGUGAUGAUUUCAUCUGUUAGAUGUGGCUGUUUUCCGUAGCAUCUCGUGCCUCCCUGCCUCUCUCCCGCCCCCGUGUGCGCACCCCCUCUGCGAUGUAUGCCCCCUACCCCCAGCCCCUCUCCUACAUUAAUAAUUUAUAUAUAUAAAUAUCUAUAUGACGCUCUUUAAAAAAACAUCCCAACCAAAACCAACCAAACAAAAAACAUCCUCACGACUUCCCAGGAA